UUUUUUUUUUUUUCUCUCACACACUUUCUCUUUCUUUAUUUUUCUUGAAUUAUAAAAGGAUCAUAAAGAAGGGACUGAACCUCUUUUUCUCUUUUUUUUCUUUUUCUCUUUUUCUUUUUAUAUAUAUUCCUUUUCUCUUUUUUAUUUGAAGACACUUAUUAAUAGCAUCUUCCCCAUUCCUUUCCUUAUACAUUAUCACCUUACCUUUUUAUUACUACGCCUUUUAUAUCAUGACUCCUUCUACUUUUACCACUUUUACCGUUCUUAUUAAAAAGAUUGCUAGAAAAGGAACUCUUCGAAGAAAACUUACUACAAAGAAACAUCAACAACAUGAACCAAUUGAUCAAACCACUAGUUCUCAUGAUCAAGAUAUGGCUUCUGUUAGUACUUGUUCCACCAAUGAAGAAGAAAAGCCUCCUAUCACCGUGCUGGCCACAACCACGAAAACUAAUGAAAAAGAACACUUGACAACCUUAUCAUCACUACCUUUAAAGGAGAAGGAAGAUGAUGACAAGGAGAAUACCAAAUCAACAAGAAAUAGUGAUGUCAGCAAUAUACAACAAGAGGAAUCGACGAUACCAAUGAUAUAUAUACGAGAUUUUGCUUAUCCUGUAUCAUCACCUUUACAUAAUGGAUUGAAUGAUAAAAGAAUGACCAAUGGAUCUCAAAUCUCAUUAUCAUCAUCAAGAUUCAAUGGAUGUCAAGCUAAAGCUCUUUACGAUUUCAUUCCGGAAACUGAAUAUGAAAUUGCCAUGAAAAGUGGACAAGUGAUUUGGAUUCAAUAUCGUCAAUGUACUGGAUGGUUGAUUGCCGAUGUGGGUGAUGAAACUGGUCUUGUGCCUGAAUCUUAUAUUGAAUUCAUUUGAUAAUGGUUAUUUGUGGCUGUCAUUUGUGUAUUAUUUUUCCCUCCUCUUCCCCUUUUUUUUUUUAUGAUUACUUUAUUAUUAUUAUUAUUACUAUUGUUUAUUUAUUAUCUAUUUUAUAUCCUCCACAAUCCUUUCCAUGACUUUUUUUUUUCCUUCUGUGUGUCUUUGUUUUUAUAUAUCUAGUCUCAUCCAUCCUUCUUUAGUAUAUCUUUUUAUACAGUAUUUGUAAUGACAAUCAAUAAAACUUUAUUUCUCCAUUC